GCUCGUCCUGCCCUCCCCGUGCGCCCGCGGACGCCCGUCGGGUCAGCGGCUGUCCCGCAGGGCCGGGCCGGCGGCGGUGGGUGGGUGCGCCCGUCGGCGGGGAUCCCGCCCGCCCCGCCCCGUUGGCGGCUCUCGCCUUCUCGGCGCUGCGGAGAGCGGGCGGCAGAGCGGUCGGAGUCUGCUGCGGCGCAGUCCCGCGUCCCAUGGCAGUGGCGGUGACGGGCGGGGCGCGGCGGGGCGCCCGGCUGAGCGCGGUGGUGUUGCUGGCACUGCUGGCGCUGCUGGCUCUGCCAGCCGGCCGCCGCGGUGGCGGUGAGGGGCAGCCGGGCUCCCCGCUACCGCUCCCGCCGGGCUUGCGGGAAGAGCUGUGGCAGAGGCAACGCGACCUGCGACGCCUGGCAGCGGCGGCGGGCGGCGAGGAGGCGCUGGCGGGCGGGUUGGGCUGCGGCGACCUGAGUCUGGCGACGGGCGUCACUGUGCUGGGCUGGGGCUUCACCAAAGUGGUGGCGCGGGCGGCGCUGGCGGGCGGUGGGACUGUGGCCCUCAAGUCGGUGCACGGAGCGGGCCGGGAGGUGCGGCAGUGCGUGCAGCGCUACGGGGCGCCGGCGGGCUGCCGCCGCCUGGCCGCCUACAAGCUGAUGAAGGAGGUGACGCUGCUGCAGCGCCUGCAGCAUCCCGGCAUCGUGCAGCUACACGGCCAAUGCUAUGAUAAUAGCAGAGAUCCUGAAAUAGGAGUCACAGCUAUGUUGGAGCUGGGAUCGCCCCUAGAGAUGAUUCAGCUUCUGCAGACCCCCUGGGAGGAGAGAUUUAAAAUUUGCCUGAGUCUUGUGAAACUGCUGUUUUACUUGGCACAUUCCCCCCUGGGUUCAAUAGUCCUCUUGGAUUUCCAGCCAAGGCAGUUUGUUAUGGUGGAUGGAAACCUAAAAGUGACAGACAUGGAUGACGCCAGCACUGAGGAACUGUCAUGCAAGGAAGAUAAUGACUGCACACUCGACUUCCCUACAAAAAGCUUCCCUCUCAAAUGCUCUGCAGUUGGGAAAUGUGAAGGAAUAAAUGAAAAGAAGAAUCUUUUCAAUGCGUAUCGGUAUUUUUUCACCUACCUCUUGCCACACUCUGCACCACCAGCUUUGCGGCCCUUUUUGAGUGACAUUCUAAAUGCAACAGGUGAUUUACGAUACGGAAUAAAUGAAACUCUGAAAGCUUUUGAAAAGGUUUUGCAUCUGUACAAGUCUGGGCUCUACCUGCAGAAAAGACCUCUGCUUUUAAAAGACUACAUCUCUGUGAAGGGCUUUCGAAUAGUGGAAGGAGGAGACUACAAGUGCUGGCCCUCCUACAGCUACCUGGGAUGCCUGCUCUCUGUUCACAGCGCUGAGGAAGCUGCUGCAAUUUGCAACUCCCAAUCCCGGUGUCAAAGUUUUAUCAUCACCCAGCAGAGGACAUGGACAGGACGCCCUCUUGCCUCGUUUCAGAGCAGCCUGACUGAUCUAAUACCAGAUGCUAACGCUGUAGUCUAUAUUAAACAAUCAUCUUCCUCGGGAGAAAGACUUUAAAGACAGUGAGAUCACAUAAAAAAAUCCUGAGAGGAGCAAACCACUGGGCAGAACUUCAUCUGCUGAAAAGAAUGACGUAUUUUAUUUUGUGUUAGGAUAGGAUCUCAUUGCCAGCUCAGAUUGAGUCAAAUGCUGCAAUCUCCUUGAUCAAAGCUCAGAUUUCUCUCUGCAGCCCCACUAGUGCCUUUAUCUGCUCCCACACUGCUAUUCCACAUAAAUGCUUCCCAUUGUAGUCAAAUGUCACUAGACUGCAAUACCUAGCCAUGCUGCUUUGGUAGCCAGCUUGUCAGCCAAGAAGUAGAAAUAGCUGCAAGGGAUCCAGCUUGAGUAGUGCUUAGUUAGUGCAAUCAUCUCCCUAAACCUAUAGAAUACACACUUUGGAGAAGGCAAUGGCUCCUUCUGCAGCUGCUAACCACUACAAAUGUAAAGGACUGGAUUUCAGCAACAGGGCCAGCAUUGCAGAGUUGGGAUCCAUAACCAGAGGCUGAUGAUGGGGUGGUCUUUCAAGGAGGGUCCUGAUACCAUUCCUUCCAGGGCAGAGGAGAGAGGUGGUAUAUAGAUCAAUUCUGGAACAUUCUAAGUUUGUAUGUAGGAUUUGAGUUUGACCCUAUGUGAUUUGUAAUGCCAGCUCCCAUGUAUCAACCUUGAAGGUUUUUCUCUGUUACUUUCUGUGAAAGAGCAAGACAUUCAAAUUAUUUAUAUGUAAGGCACAACUCUGUAUGAUAAAGAAUGA